AUGGACAAAAGUCUCGACGAGCUUGAGCAAACCGGGAAAUACUGGACGAAAGAAGACGAUCUCCCGGAAGUUGUAUCAACUUACUCAAAGCAAGCGACUCGACGCGAUAAGCUAUGUGCCAAGAUUAACGAGUUACCUCUUCGUGGUACUUUCAGUGUUGAAACUCGCAAAACCGCGGCGACAUUGCAUCAUGACGCGCAAGUGCUCAAGGAUAAGAUCGUAAAAACAUCCAACGAGAAACGGAAACACUUGCCCUCGAGCUCGACUGCCGCUCAGGUCGGAAACCAAUAUACAGAACCCGAGAGCUCUGAAGUCGAUAUCGUUAUCCCUGAAAGGCCACCAAAGAGAGUUGACCCAUUGAUUGAGAAAUUGGAUCUCGUGAAGCAGAAAGAGCAUCGUGUGCUCUCACUGGUGAAGCCCCCGGACACAGCAGUCCGUCCAUUCUAUAUGAAUGAGACGACUAAGAGAAAUAAUGUUCCGCGCAGAGGUCAACUGAGGGUCCAAAACCCUGAUCCCCCAGCUCGGCACCAUCAGCGUCUCAGCCAGGCCACCCACAACGCCGAUGAGGGUUCCACAGCCGCUGGUUCUGUACAUGAGACGGAGCCGAGUGAAGACGACAACCACACAGACGCUAGUCACUGCGCUGAUGACGCCUCUCAGAGAAACAUGGACGAUGUUGACGAUGUUGCGGCGGACAUUCUCAGCAGCGCGAUGCACUUGUGCCGGCCUGCCGCGCGACGUUGA